AUGGCGCAAACUGGCAAGACGUUCGUGGUUGAGCACCUCGAUCCUGAAUUGGAGGCCUGGUCCUCUCUCGAGUACCGCACAAUCGCUGCAGAGUCGCACGCUACCGGUGCAAAGUUUCUGCUCUCAUCAGUGCCGACGUCUCUGAAGCUACCAGAGAACCUGCAGGGCGCCCAGGGCUUGAACGUCGAGACCAGAGGCAUUGAGGAGAUAUAUGCAGACAAGAAGGACAGAGUAUGCCUGCUCGACCCUGCAGCAGCCAAGGACCUGAGUCCAGAAGAUGGUAAUACCUUCGACAUCUUCUUGUUUGGUGGCAUCCUGGCAUUUGAUAUUGUGCCAGGGCUGACCUCGAUUCAGGAGAUGACCCCCCACGAGAUCUCGUUCAUUGACCAUCCGGAGCUCAAGAUUAACAAGAACGAGAGCACGGAGAUGCCCUUCCGCUAUGUGAAGGGCGAGGAUGGGCGCCCCAUCAUGCCUGAGGCAAGAAAACAACAUCUACUGUUUCAGCUUGGACCCCGUUUUACUGACAUCAUACGACAGGGAAUGGUGGACCUGAUCAUCAAAGACUCGGAAAAGAGUCUGGACGACCUCUUAUAG